AUGGAGCCUUACAUAAGAAAAAAUACAGAACUUCGAAAAACAGCAGCUAACAGUUUUGAGAAAGACUUUUUCAAACUAAUGAAUAAUUCAGUGUUUGGAAAGACAAUAGAAAACAUAAGGAAAAGACAGAAUAUAAUUCUUAUUGAUGAUCGUAAAAAAGCUGCUAAACUUACAAAUAAACCAAACUUUGAUAGAGCAACAAUAUUUGAUAAAAAUCUAAUUGCUGUUCACAUGAAAAAGACAGAAGUGUAUUUUAACAAACCAGUAUAUGUUGGUCAAGCAAUUCUAGAUUUGUCAAAAACAUUAAUGUUUGAUUUUCAUUACAAUUAUAUCAAAAAGAAAUAUCGAAACAAAGCUGAGUUAAUGUUUACAGAUACUGAUUCACUUUUAUACCAAAUUCAUACGGAUGAUUUUUAUAAGGAUAUAUCUAAUGAUAUUUUUGAAAAGUUUGACACUUCUGAUUAUCCUCCUGAUCACAAAUCUGGUAUACCAACAGGAUUAAACAAAAAAGUAAUAGGAGUGUUUAAAGAUGAAGUAGCUGGUAAACAGAUUACAAAAUUUAUUGGUCUUCGGCCAAAACUUUAUACUUUCAAGAUAGAAGAUGGGAGUUUAACCAAAAAGUGUAAAGGUGUAAAGAAGAGUGUUGUUAAAAAGGGAAUAGAUUUUGAAAAUUAUUUUGAGUGUUUAUUUACUGGUGAAAAGCAAAUGAGAACUAUGAAAAUUAUAAGAAGUGAAAAUCAUAACAUUUACUCAAAGGAAGUAAAUAAAAUAGCUUUGAGUAGUGAAGAUGAUAAAAGACAGGUCUUAGAGGAUAAAGUAAAAACCAAAGCUUUAAGAUAA